CUCCCCUCAGAACAACCUCGGAAAUCAAAAGGAAUACUUUUAUACACAAGAAACAACCACAGAAAAUUCACCCGAGAAUACGGACGGAUUGUUUUUAGUUUUUAAUUCUAAAAUUAUUCAUUGCUCGGCCGACUCGUUUUUUUAUUUCUCAAAUUACCUUCAUUUUGGGAUAAACCCCAACUAAGCAAAGGAGAACAAAAGAACAUAGAACUAUUUUAAGAAGAAAUCUACUUGUGAAUUAAAAUAAUUAGAAAACACGUUUCUAUAGGAACAGGUGACACCGACACCCAGGGGUUUAUUUGCCUGUUCCACAGCCUAUGUUUUUGGAUUUGACAUAUUCCGCUCGCCGUCCUCCUACUAUGGUGAUAAUGGAAGUCCCCAGCAUCGAUGCAAUGUCCCUCCGCGGGCUGCUGGAGGGGGACGACCCGGGCUGUCUGGUCCUGGACUGCCGCUCAUUCUUCUCCUUCAACUCCUCUCACAUCCCCGGGUCCACCAACGUCCGCUUCAGUACUAUAGUCCGCCGGAGGGCCAGAGGGGGGCUGGGGGUGGGACACAUCGUGCCCAACGAGGACACGCGGAACCGGCUUCUCUCCGGGGAGUAUCAGUCCGUAGUGUUUCUGGAUGAUCGGAGUUUGGACUUCGGCCAAGUGAAGAAGGACGGGACUCUAAUGCUCGCGGUGACAGCUCUGUGCCGAGACCCUUGUGGAGCCCGUGUCUUCUUUCUCACGGGUGGUUUUGACGCGUUCUCCUCGGAGUAUCCAGAGAUGUGUACCAAGCCGUCAUCUCCACAGGGACUCAGUCUACCCCUGAGCGCCCGUCCAGACAGCGCCGAGCCCGGCUGCAGUCCAUGCAGUACACCGCUCUAUGACCAGGGAGGUCCAGUGGAGAUCCUUCCCUUCCUCUACCUGGGCAGUGCCUACCAUGCCUCCAGAAAGGACAUGAUAGACAUGCUGGGUAUCACUGCUCUCAUCAACGUAUCAGCUAACUGCCCCAACCACUUUGAAGAGUCCUUCCAGUACAAGAGUAUCCCCGUAGAGGACAACCACAAGGCUGAUAUCUCCUCCUGGUUCAAUGAGGCUAUAGAGUUUAUCGACUCCAUCCGUAAUAAAGGCGGUCGUGUGUUUGUCCACUGCCAAGCCGGCAUCUCCCGCUCCGCCACCAUCUGUCUGGCCUACCUGAUGAGGACCAACCGCGUGAAGCUGGACGAGGCCUUUGAGUUCGUCAAGCAACGCCGCAGCAUCAUCAGUCCUAACUUCAGCUUCAUGGGCCAACUGCUACGGUUUGAGUCCCAGCUCCUGGCUACUUCAUCCUGCUCGUCGGAAGCCGGGAGCCCUGCCCUGGGGAAGAGCAGUACGGUCUUUAACUUCCCCGUGUCUAUCCCCGUCCACAGCUCUGCUGGACACAGACAGCUCUCCUUCCUCCACAGCCCCAUCACCACCUCACCAAGCUGCUAAGGGGAAGAGUAGGAUCAGAUGGAGGGCUGUCUGUCUUAGCCUGGACUUGGAACUGAACUGUCACGAUUGGUGUCGAGUCGUUGUGACUGUCACAAUACUAGUCGUGACAGGGUCAUUGACAAUGUACUGUAAGUGUCACUCAACUACAGGUGAUUAGUCAUUGAGUUUUGGAUAGACAUUGAGCUCUAGAACUGAUGGAACCCUCAUUGUUGCCCUUCCUGGUGUAAAGGUCAUAAAGAAGUGAUCCUGGCAUCACAGGACAAGAGGGACAAACCAAGUGGCCUAGUUUAUGGGUUCAAUCCACAGGUCUGCCCCAUCGCCUUGAAAGGCGUUUCUCUGGCUACCAAUAUGGCAGUAUGGUUAUCGCAGCAUCCUCUGUAGAAUAAGGAAUGACACCCAUAGAUCUGCCUAGAACACCUCAACUUCUAGGAAGAGACAGAGAAGUUAAUGGCUGUAGAUGACUGAUACCCAUAGAUCUGCCUAGAACACCUCAACUUCUAGGAAGAGACAGAGAAGUUAAUGGCUGAAGGUGACUGAUACCCAUAGAUCUGCCUAGAACACCUCAACUUCUAGGAAGAGACAGAGAAGUCAAUGGCUGAAGGUGAAUGAUACCCAUAGAUCUGCCUAGAACACCUCAACUUCUAGGAAGAGACAGAGAAGUCAAUGGCUGAAGGUGAAUGAUACCCAUAGAUCUGCCUAGAACACCUCAACUUCUAGGAGGAGACAGAGAAGUCAAUGGCUGAAGGUGAAUGAUACCCAUAGAUCUGCCUAGAACACCUCAACUUCUAGGAAGAGACAGAGAAGUCAAUGGCUGAAGGUGAAUGAUACCCAUAGAUCUGCCUAGAACACCUCAACUUCUACGAAGAGACAGAGAAGUUAAUGGCUGAAGGUGAAUGAUACCCAUAGAUCUGCCUAGAACACCUCAACUUCUAGGAGGAGACAGAGAAGUCAAUGGCAGAAGGUGAAUGGGGGAAAGGGUCAAUUCUUUAAAGGAAGUUAGAAGUAUUUUAAUGGGAUGAAGAGAAGACAUUGUAGUCAAAGAAUCGUUGUCAAAGAUGCGAAGUUAUUUAACGAGAGUGGGCAGCUUUUGAUAAUCACAUGUUUUUUUUUAUUGUUGACCUGACACAACUCUUUAACAAAAUGGGCAAGUAAACCCUCCCUUGAUCACUCACAGACAGUUGUCAUAUUUACCAACUAGAUUCUCAGGAAUCAUUAAUUACUCUCAAUGUCCCACAGCUUUGUUCACACAGAGACAAACUGUCUUCCUGAGGGAAUCCCGCUAAUGCCUCGGCAAACGACGCCGGUUUGGAUAAAUCACUCCUCGGGCUCUUUAUUGUUGACAAACAAUGAAUGUAUCUCUGAUCUCUGGCCAAUCAGCCGGCUCGGAGAGCGCCAGAAGGUUUAGUUGAAAGUGGACUGGAAAGCCCCAUUCAAAUGCAAAUGUAUGCCUUUUAUAAAAUACCAUGAGACCCUGAAAAACCUGACAAUAUUGCAGGAAACAGCCAACCAACCAUCAGAUACCUCUGAAACACCACCAUGCCUCUGAAGUGCUAGCAGCUGUUAGCUAACGCUAGCUCUGUUAGCAUCAUGCUAAUUCUGUUAGCUUCAUGUACUGUUAGCAGCGGCUAGCUCUGUUAGCAUUAUUGGCCUGCUAGCUCUGUUAACAUCAUGUACUGUUAUUAGCAGCUAGCUCUGUUAGCAUUAUUAGCAUGCUAAUUCUGUUAGCAAUUUGUACUAUUAACAGCUCUGGUAGAGUCAGAACCCCUAAAGCACUAAGACGGGGAUCAGACUCACCAGAGACUGCUGUCUGUCUGAUUACCUAUGUGCUAUUUAUUGAUCUAAAGUAAUAUAUUUCUUACAUCUAUUUUUGCAAAUGUUUGUUAUUUGUUUUUGAUACCUCUGAAUAAAUCCAAUUUGUCUUUUCUA